AUGUACGGCAACGGCCGGAGCAUCGACUCGUGCGGCUUCGAGGCGGCGGGCCACACCUGGAGGAUCCAGUUCUUCCCCGACGGGAACCGCGCGGAGAACGCCGGCUUCGUCUCCCUCGUCCUCAAGCUCGACGACCACGACGCCGCCACCGCCGCCGGCGGCGGAAACGACGACGUCCUGGUCGAGUUCCGGUUCUCCCUGGUGUGUCUCCACGACAAGCCGGCGGCGAGCCGGGCGUACACCAAGACCUACACGACCACCUUCAACACGAAGGCCCGCAAGGCCCUGGGCUGCUGCCAGUUCAUCAGGCGGGACGAGCUGGAGAGGUCAGAGUACCUCAGGGACGACGGCCUCGCCGUCCGGUGCGACGUCGCCGUCCUCAACAACCCCGUCGACGUGAAGGAGCGGGCCGCGCAGGCGCACGACCUGGAGAGGCUGGGGGUGGUCUGCGACUGCAAGGACGACGCGUGCAAGAGCCAUCACCUCAGGACUGCCUUGUCGUUCAGGGAGGCGCUCGUGAAGCUCUUCUUGGGGUGUUUCCACCUCUGA